GUCUUCCUUUUGGAGCUCCGAUAAUACCAUCCCUACAGACCGUGUUAUCAUCACAAAACCAUUCGAAAAAUACUGGAUGUGACUGUAUGGGAAAUGUAUGUGAUUGCCUCACUACACGCGCAGUACAUCUUGAAGUUGUUGAAAAUUUAACCACAGGAGUAUUUCUGGAUAGUUUCACCGAUUCAUCUCGCGCCCGGAUGUUACCAAGCUCAUGCGCAGUGACUGCAGAACGGAUAUCAAGAACGGAGCCUGAAUAGAU